AUGAUCGUAUCGCCAUUAAUUCUCUGCUUUGGAGCGUUGUUCAACCUCUAUGUCGCGUUGUAUUGCUUUCAGUGCUCAAGAUGGCGGUCAUCAAACAACUUGAAAUAUUUCAUCGUGUUCCAGACGAUUGUCAACACCGGCAAUUUGUUCGCUCAUCUUGUUUUGCUGCUCCGUGACGAGCUUAACGAUUUUGACGAGAUCGCAAGAGUGGGAGAUCACACAAUUUGUGACAUCUUGCCCAACAUCACAGCAUGUUUUAUGUCGCUGUCCGUGUUCAACCUCACCGCGUUUGUUGUUGUGCGCUAUUUAACGAACGAGCGUCGAUGGACACUGUCUGCUCUAAAAAUCGUAUUCACACUGCUCGGAAUCGUUGUGUCAUCUGGGCUGCUUUUGUCUCCAGCUUUGAGUUAUUUAUAUCAUCAAAUGCCAGUUCUCAAGUGUAAUGGUUGUUACUGUCCGUCACCGGGUAUGAUUUGGGAGGCUAAUUUCGAUGUAUGGCUCUAUGGUUAUAUGGUAAUCUUGCUUCAGUUUGUUAUUCCAGCGAUCAUUCUUUCUACAGCGGUGCUCAGAGGCCUUGCAAGACAAUUGGAAGAGACGCGUACUUUAAGAGAGAGUUGGUACAGAUGGCGGUGCGGACUUAAAAGUACAAACAUCGUUACUUUAGCUGUGUGUCUCUUUAUAACAUUUAUUCUGCCAGUGAGAGGAAUUCGCUUUGUUGCCGGAGAGCACUUCUUCCCGGACAGCACGAAGCGAUUCGCUGAGAUUGAACUUCUAAAUUCUGUUUUUUACAUCUUGGAAAUCUCUUGGGCUGCAAUCACCGCUAUAUUGCCAGUUUGCCUGAAAAAUCUGACUGACGAUGAAAUUUCUGGUGAACAGAAGAAAGAAAACAACAAUGCGGGUCGAACAACGAGCCCUCAAAGCAAAACCUACUGCGAGGCUUUGGUGGAACUGGAACUAUGGGAAUAA